AUGCUGCCAGGUUAUACUCCAUCUUCUCCGCCUCCUCGGUACAUGAGCACGGCAGGUCACGGCGAGAAAUCGCUUGCUCACACACCUGGGGAACGACCCGCCCCUACAAGCACAUUCACUAGACAUGAAGGUCGCACCUCCAUCAUUCUGGACUCACAAGAAGACAACAUCGAAAGACCAAGUUAUGGACGUCACGCUGUUGUUUCAGGCGUAAUAUAUUUCGAAAAUCCCUCUAUUGUAGCUGAAGUCGUCGUCAAGCUCGAAGGGAAAGUUGAAGUUUCCCUUCUCUCUACCGGAGACUCGACGUCUUAUAAAACAUUAAACACACACUGUCGCCUCACUUGGCAAACCUCUGGAAAUGGCACGACGUGCCCCAAUCUUGUACCAUUCCGGCUCCAUCUCCCUCCAACAUUUGAAUACGAGCAAGAAUCUCAUCGUAUGCCUCCUUCGUAUGAGAUAUUAUCACCUGGGUCGUCUGGCCAGUUUGUCCGGUGCCGCUAUCAACUAGUAGUUGCGAUUACUAAAAGACGAAGUGCAGUGUCUUUGAUGCGAGAUAAAAUUAUGACGAUUCCAUUCAACUACUACCCCCGAAUGCGGCCUGAAAUGCCCAUUGUCAGCGACGGACAUGAUUUCUUUGCUUCUAUCAAGAUGAAUCCAGGAGAAUGGCAUCAGGCGACCUCACAGUCUCAGCCCAGUAGCGGACAUCUCAGUCCGAUCACUGUCGACUUUUUUAUACCUGCGACUCGCAUAUUUGCUAUAACCGAUAUCAUACCCUUCCAUAUACAACUGUCGGGUGACAUAUCAUCGAUGAGAGCUUUCUUUCCUGAACUUCCACCCGAGGUCUACCCGCCCACGCUCCAACCCUUGAAGGCAUCUUGGAAACGCAAGAAACCACGGUGGAAGUUUCUUCGCUUACUUCUCGUGCGACAGGUUUCGGCCCAGAUCCAUGGCCAGACCUCUGAAGAUAACGCGCAGACCAGUGAGGGAACGAUUCUACCGUUACCGCCAGACAUUUUCGCGGUAUCAGAGAACCAAGAACUCCAGCUUCAUUGGAAAGGGGAGAUAACGGGCGGUCCGAACCUCGCGGUGGGUAGUUUCAGCGUGCCUAAUCUGUCAGUGCGAGACGUUCUCGUGUUAGCAUUGACGCCUGCAUCCAAAAGCCUCUUCCUAGAAGCCAAAUGCAUCGUGCCUAUUCGUCUUGUAACGGAUACUUGGUCUGGCGCCGACACAAGCCAAUCUCAAACUGCAGCGUAA